AUGUCAGUGGCCCGACUCCCCGUUGAAGCUGACGACCGUGAGUCUAAGAGGGCUAAAGGGAUGGCCUCGCCCAUACUCAGAUUCUCGGAUGAGGAUAAAGUUGGAACCAUCCAGCCCUACGACGAUGCUCUAGUUGUCACACUCAGGAUUAGGGGAUAUGACGUGAAGAGGGUGCUAGUUGAUCAGGGCAGUGCCGUGGAGGUAAUGUACCCCGACUUGUACAAGGGGCUAAAGCUGAAACUAGAAGACCUGACAGCAUACGACUCCCCUUUGGUAAGUUUCGAAGGGAAAAUUGUUACUCCGAAAGGCCAGAUUAGGCUGCCUAUACAAACAGGCUCAAACAUAGUGGAAGUGGACUUUAUAAUGGUGGACGCAUAUUCGCCCUACACCGCCAUUGUAGCCAGGUUGUGGCUUCAUGCCCUAGGAGCUGUAUCCUCAACCUUACACCAAAGGGUGAAGUACCCGUCGGAGGGUCAGCAAUUAACAACCCCGGCCCCGGGUGGUGGGGGACCUGCCGAGGAGGCGAGUUGUGAGGAUUUGGAAAGAGUUCUUGUGGACUCCGAUCCGAAAAGAUUUUUUCAGGUCGGCUCGAAAUUGCCGCCCCAAGAGAAAGAAAAGCUGAUUGAUUUUCUCAGAGAGAAUGUGGAUGUGUUUGCAUGGGAUGCCUACGAGGCUCUGAGGGUCAAUCCGAAUUUCAUUUGCCAUCAUCUUAAUGUUAGUCCGGCCGUUACGCCUAAGAAACAACCUCCUCGACGACCGUUGAAAGAGCAUGUGGAUGCGGUGAGAGAGGAGGUGAUGAAAUUAAAGAAAGCAGGGGCUAUCAAAGAAGUUUUCUACCCCGAGUGGCUGGCCAAUACAGUUGUGGUGAAGAAGAAGAGUGGGAAAUGA